GAAGAAAAGGGAAUGGAAUUUUCAGAAUUAUAACAGAUCAUAUGGAGUUUGGAGCUGUAAAAACUGGUCACAAAUGGGAAGAAUUAUCGGAAUAUUAAAUGUGGGAAAUCAUUUGCAAACAAUUAUGAUGAACACACCAAGAGGAUAUAUUUCCCGUGUCAAACAUGAAAAGUUUUAUGAAGUUAGCGGUCGUUUAACAAAGUUACAGCCAUUAGGAUUUGUUAUCAAAGAAAUUUUAUACGCGAAAGCAAUAAUUGUGAAGACUUUAGACUUGAUCGAUAAUGAUAAAUUAAACAGAUUGUACAACUAUGAAAGUAUUCCAGAAAAUUUUACACCUAUUCCAUUUACUUUUCCUAAAAUAAUUUCUAAAACUAAAGAAUGA